AUGGACUGCUACAUGCCCAACAACCCCCAGUACGGGCUGGUGGAGUACUGCCCGGGGUGCCACGGCCUCUGCUGCGACCCCCUGCAGCCCUGCAGCUGCGCGGAGCAGGUCCGCGAGUUCGCGGACGACGAGUGCUGCCAGCAGGAGAACGAGAACUGCUGCCCGGAUAAUGGCGAGGGUCUGGGCGCGCUGAGCGAGCCGCUAGCGCCGUGCGAUGUGAGCUUAGACCAGGCGGGCGAGGCGGGCUGGCCCGGCGACGACAUGGGCUCCUUCUCGCUGCCGCCCCUAGACCUGGACCCGCUGCCCUCGCUGUUCCCGUUCUCCCCGUGCUCCGGAUACAAGAAUAACGGAGGCGAAUGCAGAGAGAGAGGAGGCGGGGAGGCGGCGGACGUGCUCCUCUCUUUGAAACACGCGGUGGUUCACGGAGACUGCGCUUCGGAGAGCGUCCACCCACAGCAGAUGAUGGUCAACGGCGGCGGGGGAUACCCUUAUUACGAGCACUACGGCGGGGGCCCCCUCUUCCCCACGAUGAGCGUCAACGUCUCCAUGAAUAUGACCAUGCACGGGUGCCCUCCGGACCAGCUAUGCUCUCAGGUGCAGUGGAACCAGAACGCGUCCACGCCCUCCGUGAACGUGGUGUACCCGCAAGCGCAGAACGUCAUUAGCCCCACCCCCUACCCGUCAGCCACGUACUCGUUCACCGCUGACUUCAGACCGCCGAACCAGUCGGACCCCCUGAUCACGGCGACCUCCACCUUCAAGCCGAUCCAACUGCAGAGCGCCCAGAAGACGAACCCCAACUACGCGCUGUUCCAGCAGAAGCCGGCCUUCGGCCAGAAGACCCUGGGCCCGGUGCUGAAGAGAUCCCCCGCCAAGGUGUACAUGCAGGAGGCGCAGAAAGAGCAGAACGCGGGGAACGGGUACACAAUACUGAACCAUCAGGGUCAGAUGCACUCGCAGGAGUACGGGUACUCCGCUUGUGUCAAUUCCUCGGGAAAGGUUCAGGUGGGCGCUCUGAGCGGCUGCUCCGAAGAUGAAGAGCAGAAGCCCAACCUGUGCCGCAUCUGCGGGAAAACGUACGCCCGCCCCAGCACCCUGAAGACCCACCUGCGCACCCACUCCGGCGAGAGGCCGUACCGCUGCGGCGACUGCAACAAGAGCUUCUCCCAAGCGGCCAACCUGACGGCCCACGUGAGGACGCACACGGGCCAGAAGCCCUUCAGGUGUCCGAUCUGCGACCGCCGCUUCAGCCAGAGCUCGAGUGUGACCACGCACAUGCGGACCCACUCCGGAGAGCGGCCGUACCAGUGUCGGUCCUGCAAGAAGGCGUUCUCCGACAGCUCUACUCUGACGAAGCAUUUGAGGAUACACUCUGGGGAGAAACCGUACCAGUGCAAAUUGUGCUUACUCAGGUUUUCUCAAUCUGGCAACCUUAAUCGGCACAUGCGCGUUCAUGGCAACAUCUCCGGAGGUGUGCUUGGC